AUGACACGACAUAAAAUCACUUUUCUCGCCGUGGUGAUUCUCUUUAUCAUAGCAAGUUGUGUCGCAAAUGCUCAAACACCAAGUGGAAGCGGAUUUUCAGGACUUGGUGGAAUGAUCGAUCAAUUAGGAGAAGGAAAGCUACCCGGAUCUCAUUUGCCUGGAGGAAAACAAAAGAUAGGUGGCGAUCAACCUCAACCUCAAAUAGGCGGUAAUUUUCCCCAACAUCCUGUAACUAGUAAUGUUACAGUUCCAGUUGUUACAGCAACUCCUCAUCCAAACCAACCUGGUACGGUCAAUCCAAAUGGAACUUUGGUUUCACCAUCUUACACGGCUCAACCGUCUCCUGUUAUUCUCAAUGCAGAUGAUAUAGCAUCUCUUACAUCGCAUAAUGAUGUUAAAAUUUUUAUUGCAGUAUUAAUUGUAGCUAUUAAUGUUAUCAUGAUGUAUUGA